AUGGGAAAACUAACUAUUUUGGUGUCGGUCUUCGCUCUUUUUCUGGUUCCCUGCUAUGGAGACGUGUUACUUAUGUACUACACUGCUGCGGGCGAAAUAAGAGUCAGUGGAGCAAAUGGAAAACAAUUUUCCUUAAUCAACAAUUUCAACAGCACGGAGACGAUAAGCCUCGCAAUUCAUUACGAACAGGACUUGAUCUUUAUUGCUGAUUACAGUAAAAUAGUCCGGAUUCAUUUGGUUAACGAAUAUGGUAAUAGAGUAAUUUCUGGCAAUGGUGAACUGUUCGUUAACUCUACAGCGAGACACCGCGAAGAGUUGAUAAAGACACUUAAUAGCAAUCAGUGCCAAACGGAGCUCAUUUCUACAAGGUUGUGAUUUUUACGCUAGUCUUACAGAUUUCUAAAUAUAUUCCAUAUUUCCUCUAUUUAGCCCCUAUAGGGCUUAAUUUUCUUAUUAUUACAACGGGGGGACUAAAUAGAUACUGCCAGAGGGGGGGGGGGGGCUAAAGUUAAUUUUCACCGUUCUUGUAAAAAAUAUUAAGUUACAGGACCAUCUGCAAUGGAGGUACAUUUUGAAAAAUGUUUCAUACAAUUUACCAUUGUUGGCCGGGGCUUUACAUACAAAGUAUUACCAGUGCAUGAAUGUUGUACAGAACGUUUGUGUUCAUAUAUUUCGUUAAAAAUUUCCAUGGAAAAUGAUUUAAUUAAUGCAGGGGAGAUGGGCUAAAUAGAGGUAGGGGCUUAUUUUGUGUGAGCGCUUCUAGACUGGGGCUAAUUAGAAGGGGGAUAAAGAUGAGCUGAGGGAAUACGUAAUACCACGUAUUCUAUCAGCAUUGAUAAUACCUCUAUUGAACUGCGUUGCAAUGUAUUGUCAAUUGUAUUGUCAUUAUUAUAUAUUGUCAAUUGUAUUGCGUUUCGUUGCGUUGCGGUGCAUGGCUUGUGUUGUGUUGUGCAGUUGUGUUGUGUUGUGUUGUGUUGUGUUGUGUCAUUGUGUUGUGUCGUUGCAUGUGUUGUGUCGUUGUGCUGUGUCGUUGUGCCGUGUCGUUGUGUUGUGUUAGACUGGCUAAAAAGAGGCAAGGCUAAAAGACUCUGCCCCCGAACUUCUCGUUGUGAUUUUACAUUCCAGCCUCCCCAACAAUAAAUAAAACUUACUUUAACACGCUAAAAUGUUAAUAUUGAGAAAUAUAUUUCGAAAUACAAAUGUAACACUCUUACACCCUUAUACCUCUGCUCUUAUACAUUGAUAUGAUACUAUCUCUAGCAGCUGCAAUAUGGGAAAAUUAACUAGUUUGGCGUCGAUCUUCGCUCUUUUUUUGGUAUGGAGACGUGUUACUUAUGUACUACACUGCUGCGGGCGAAAUAAGAGUCAGUGGAGCAAAUGGAAAUAAGCCGCGCAAUUCAUUGCGAACAGGACUUAAUCUUUGUGGCGUCGUCGUGUUGUGUUGUGUUGUGUUGUGUUGUGUACUUGUGUUGUGUUGUUCGCCUGGCAAAGAGCAAAUGUUGAGAUAAUAGUAUUUUCCUCAGUUGAAGGAUUUUGUAGAUGGAAAUUAAAAAAAAACUCCGUUGAAAGUGUUUGCGUCUAAUUAAAAUAAUUGUCCGGCAUUGCGAUCGGUUGAAACGUUGAAAGAACUCGCAGUGCGUGCGCUUGCGAACUAUUAACUCUUUUACGAUAAAUGGAAAUAAUUGACAAACCGACUCAUAAUACUCGUAAUUUAGUAAUCUAACGACCACGAAAUAUGCGAGGUUGCCAGUUUUAUAGAUUUGACAGAUUAUAUUUUAGAAAUUUGUGGCGGCACAGUGAUAACAAUCUAUUUAAUACUAUUUGCUAGGUCAAAUCUUCAUGGUCUAUACGUGGAUACGGUCGCCAAUAAGCUCUACGUUUCCUGUAGGUCUGUACUAGAACUUAAUCUUGAUGGGAGUGGUGAAAGAAUUGCGUUCGGCGGUGAUUCAAUUGGCCUCUGGGAACCGACAAUAUACCAAGGAAAGUUUUACUUCGGAGUCAGUGGUUUUGGUAACAGCGGCAUAUACACAGCUACGCUGAAUCCAAACAAGACUGUUAUACCUAAUAGGUAAGAAAGUAUGAAUAUGUAGAUAUUAUACUGACGCUUUAGAAUUGCGCAAUCGAACUGCAUGUUAAUAAGUCGAUAUCCGAACAUGCCCAUGGCGCGGAUACCAAAGGCUGUCCUCCAUUACGACCACUUUGUUCACGCGGGUGUUGUGUGCUUGAAGCGCGCAUACGUACGCCCGCUCAGUCCAAUCUCCAAUAAUUUUCCACUGCGUGGCGGAAUGCGCUGGGAAAACAAAAGCAAUAUGGCGGCCCUAAAUUGGAGAAGACUUCUUAAGUUGAUUAUUCUUAAGGCGAAUAUUAAGAAGAGAAAACUACAAAAAGGGAUUCUGGAUGCGAGAAAUCUACACAGAAAUUAAGCAAGCAGCAAGCAUCAUUGGCGGACACAGAAGUUUCUGCGACUUAUUUUAGGUCCUUAUGUAUAAAUAUGGACACAUGUAGACAAUUUUCAGAUUUGUUGAAAUAUACGCAUGCAUGCUAUAUGUUUCACUGUGUUACAAUAAUUCCAGCUCUGUUUAUCUUUCUAGAUUAAUUUCUGCGUCCGACGUUACUUCCAUAGGACGAAUGAAGAACUCGAGUAAACUUUACUACAUCGACCAGGAAUACGAUCAAAUCAGGGUAAUUGACUUAAAUGAAACAAAUCCGAAAUCAAAUUUAGUUAUCCACUGGACUAGUUAUAAUAAUCUACUUCGCACAUUAGCUGUCUCUGGUGGCUAUGUGUUCUGGACGGAAAGAACAUAUGAUGCGCAUGCCGUUUUAGAUCAGUACAGUUGGGGACUUGAAGCAGGGAAGAUAAGGAACGGUGUGGUAACUCGUAAUAACACUUGGUCAAUGGACUACCGCCGCGGUUACCAUACGAGAAACGCAGUUUAUCAGUUGGUUGCUUUCGAACACAAUUUUCCCCAACAGAAACCAAGUACGCCCCACACAAAUUCGAAUAGAGUUACAACAGUUACUACAACAACAGCCAGCUCCCACGCCAGCCUACCGUUGAUAAGUUGGGAAAUUAUGUUGUUCGCUUUUGUAUCAGCCAUUGUUGAAUUCGUGAAUGUUUAA